AGUUUUCAAUUUAAAAUGGCGACACAGUCGAUUUGAGACAAAGGUUCUUGUUGUAUUUUCUUGAUUUACUCUUAGGAAAUUGAGUGAUUUCGGCGGACGAGUGUUGCAAAAGUGAGAAUUUGCUUCGAAGGGGAAAAUGUUAACGUUAGAAGUGGUGCCAGAACGUUCCUUAGGGUGUGAACAAUGGGAGUUUAUUCUAGGAAUGCAUUUUUCUCAAGCAGUAGCGAUUAUACAAGCGCAAAUUGGUGUUAUUAAAGGAGUUCAAGUCUUAUAUAAUGAUAAUAAACCACUAGAAAUAGAUUUGGUAAUUAAUUUACCUCAAGAUGGCAUCAGGUUAUUUUUCGAUCCCGUAACUCAAAGAUUAAAGAUUAUUCUUAUUUAUAAUAUGAAACUAGUUAAAUUGAAAUAUUGUGGCUUAUCAUUUAAUUCUCCCGAAUUACUGCCUUCGAUAGAGCAAAUUGAGCAUUCUUUUGGAGCCACACACCCAGGAGAAUAUGACUCGGAGAAAAAAGUGUUUACGUUAAACUUUAGAGGUUUAAGUUUUUAUUUUCCUGUAGAUUCCAAGUAUCAAAAGGGGAGCACGCAUAACUUGGCUUCGUUGCAAUUUCCUCCCGGAAAUAGUCCAGUGGUAGCCAGGUUGGCAAUUUAUUCCGGAGGCAGCGUAGAUCAAGCGUUAGCUCCUGAGAUGCCUCUGUCCUGUUACCAUGGACAGUUGUAUUUGCAGAAAGCGGAAAUAAUCCGGGGCGAGUCGUUUACCAAAGGGUUGAAAUUAAACUUGUUGGCCGGCACCAAUAAUCGAGUCAUCGACUCGACCAUUUUACAUUUGGAACGACGGAUCCUGUUGGGGCAAUCCGCUCAAGACAUCUCUUCGGCGAUAGGGGCUCCCUGUAAAGUUUUCUAUAAAAGCGAGGAUAAGAUGAGGAUACAUGCGCCCAACGCGCAUCGAAGAGUGACCACCAAUAGGAGCGAUUAUUUCUUUAAUUACUUUACCUUGGGUUUGGACGUUCUAUUCGACGCCCGAUCUCAUCUGGCCAAAAAGUUCGUGUUGCACACGAAUUAUCCGGGACACUACAACUUCAACAUGUACAUGAGAUGCGAAUUCGAGUUGCCAUUAAUGGAGGCGAAUGGUCAAACCGUAAUCGACGCCUACUCGAAUUGGAACGACGUUUGUAAGAAAUUGACACCGAGCGAACGGCCGGUGGUGCUAAAUCGAGCGAGUUCGACCAACACCACGAAUCCUUUCGGGAGCACCCUGUGCUACGGGUACCAGGACAUCAUUUUCGAAAUUAUGCCGAACCACUACAUCGCCUCGUUGAGCAUCUACGGAGACGGCGCGAAACAGGGUUCGAAACAGGCGUGACAGAGGCUCUCCGCCACUUACCUCAUUCUAGCGAACAGGUACUGGCAACCUAGGGACGAACUCGCUUAUUAAUCCUCUCUAAAAUAUCAGCUCGUCAAUAAUUACUGGAAAACUCUUCAUGAUUAUUCAAUGUAUGUAUAAUAAUGGACAAGAGGGAGGUAAUUUGUUGUAACCUCACCACUAAUUUAAAAAAAAAAGUCUUAAAAAAAAUACAACAAAACCAUAAUAAAAGUCAUAAAAAAAUG